AGCCGUUAUUCUCUACUAGAAACUGCUGACCUGGUCAACCACAAGGACUCGUCACAGUAAUAUUCUCAGUCCAUAUUAAGUGUGAAGCCGACAACGCACUUAAAGCAUCAUUUUCAUUAAUGAAACGCCUCACCUGUCCUCCUACAGUUCCGUCUCGUGGGCCUCCUUUCUUUCUACGUCCUUCCAGUCCGUACCUCCAACGUGGACACACACUACGGUGAACUCCUUGGACUCAAGGCGUCUAGGGCUCAAAUGUUCAAAAGGUACCGAAAUCAACCAAGGCUGCAAGUAAGAAGAAGGAUGAGGAAGAGGCAGUGGAUACGGGGGAAGGAUGGGACGAGUGGGCUCAUGGAAAAGGCCUAAUGAAGCCUGCAGAUCAGGUGGAGCUCACCGAAGCUGAGCUAAAGGAGGAAAUCACAAGGAUCCUGACUGCCAACAACCCUCAUGCGCCUCAAAAUAUUGUCCGCUACAGCUUCAAGGAACGUUCCUACAAGCCUACCAGUGCUGUGGAUCAGAUGGCUGUUCACUUUGUGUUGGAGGGCAGCCUCCUGUAUCAAGACUCUGAAGAUUCUCGCAGACUAAAGGACAAAGAGGAUCUCCCUGAAGAGAGUGCAACAGUCGACACUAAAGCGGAGUCUGAUGAGGAGAAAACAGGAAGCCCGGCUACGCCUGUAGAAGAAGGGGAGGCGGAGGAAGCGAGGGAGGAGGACAGACCAGACAGUGCUGCGUCCAAAACCGACAAGAAAGAGCCGAAAGUCACUAAUCAGUUCAACUUCAGUGAGAGGGCCUCCCAGACUCUCAAUAAUCCACUGAGGGAAAGAUGCUGUCAGACCGAACCUCCUCCACGCAGCAACUUCUCUGCCACCGCUAAUCAGUGGGAGAUUUAUGAUGCGUACCUGGAAGAACUGCAAAAGCAAGAAAAAAAUAAAGAGAAGCAGAAAGCAGCACCAUCAAAGAAAGAUAAUGACAAAAGUAAGAAGAAGAUGAUGCUGACGGAGACUCAGAGUGAUGACAUCUCCAAAGUGGGCAAGGCGUCCAAAAUCUUUGAACGAAUGGUCAGUCAGAAUACAUUUGAUGACGUUGCACAGGAUUUUCAAUAUUUUGAGGAUGCCUCUGAUGAGUUCAGGGACCAGGAGGGCACUCUUCUCCCCUUGUGGAAGUUCCAAUAUGAUAAAGCCAAAAGACUAUCUGUCACUGCCCUCUGCUGGAAUAACAAAUAUCAGGACCUGUUUGCUGUGGCAAUGGGAUCAUAUGACUUCAGUAAACAAUCUCGCGGCAUGCUCGUCUUCUACUCACUGAAAAACUCUGCAUUCCCCGAGUACAUCUACCCCACCAGUUCUGGCAUCCUGUGCCUCGACAUUCAUAAGCAACAUUCCUACUUGGUGGCAGUGGGCUUCUAUGAUGGCUGUGUAGCUGUCUUCAAUUUGAAGGAGGAGGGGCAGGAGCCUCUGUACAAGAGUACAGCUAAGACUGGCAAGCACACCGACCCUGUCUGGCAGGUGCGCUGGCAGAGUGAUGACAUGGAUAACAACCACAACUUCUGUUCUGUCGCAUCCGAUGGCCGCGUCGUUUCGUGGACACUGGUCAAGAAUGAACUGGUAUUUACAGACAUUAUUAGACUGUCAGUGAAUGGUGCCAUCUCUGAGGGACCAGAAAGUUCACCGGCACCUAGCAGUGCUUGCGGAACAUCGUUUGACUUCCAUAAACAGAUUGACUACUUAUUUCUGGUUGGCACUGAAGAGGGGAAGAUAUACAAGUGUUCCAAGACUUACUCAAGCCAAUUCCUGGGAACGUAUGAAGCCCACAGCAUGGCAGUGGAUGCUGUCAAGUGGAACCACUUCCAUCCGAAGGUCUUCAUCUCUUGCAGCUCAGACUGGACUGUGAAGAUCUGGGACCGUAGCAUCAGCAAUCCAAUGUUCACCUUUGACCUGAACUCAGCCGUGGGAGAUGUUGCCUGGUCUCCGUACUCCUCAACGGUAUUUGCUGCCGUGACAACAGAUGGAAGAGUUUAUGUUUUUGACCUCAGCAUCAACAAAUAUGAAGCCAUCUGCCAGCAGACAGUGGUGGCCAAAAAGAAGACCAAGCUGACUCACAUUGAGUUCAAUCCCAUCUAUCCCAUCAUCAUAGUGGGGGAUGACCGAGGCUAUGUCAUCAGCUUUAAACUCUCUCCUAACCUCCGUAAGAAGCCCAAGGGCAAGAAGGGGCAGGACGUGCCUAAGGGUCCAGAAGUGGAAAUAGCCAAAAUGGAGAAGCUCCUGAGUCUGCUGAGGGAACCGGAGCAAGGCACAGUUUAAAUGGUCACCUUGGCUUCUCUGCACAACGUAGCAACGUGGUACAAUCUUUUAUUCUGAUUCAUAAAAGCCACACAAAGCCAGCAAAUACCAUAAAUAUACCAAGAAAACAAUUUGUAUAUGUUGAUUUUUAUCCCCUGAUGUAUGUUAAUAAAUUAUUCACGUUCAAAUAAUA